UAAAAGGUCGAUCGUGUGUGCAGGUUACAAAAGGAGAGAUGAGCGGGAUCCGCAGCACCACACCAGAAUCCACGUGAGAUGAUUGGGUGGCGGUGCUGCGGCUGCUGGAGUGGGACUCGUCCUCCCAUUAUCAUCCUCGGCCCUGUCCCUUCUGCCUCCGCCUCUGCCUCCGCCUCCGCCUCAGCCUCCGGCGAACCAAAGGCAAAGCCCCGGAAGAAUCGCCUUCACAUUGCAGGGCUCGUUCCAUUAGCUCUGUCCCUGACCUUCACCUUCAACUCCCCCACACCAUCCCUGGCCAUCCCUUCCCUCAGCUCCCCCUUUCCUUCUUCACCUUCCCUCCCCGCCACCCCUUUCUCUCAGUCCAAGGACCUCCCUCUGGGCCUCCAAGAUGAUGGUGGGUCUGUUGUUGUUUCUUGUGUGUUUUCUCGCAGGAAAAUCAGGCCUUGCCCCUCUGUCAAUCCCGGCUGCAUAUCUUCCAACCCCAAGUCGUCCUCUUUUGCCUUCCCCUGGAGGAUCCCCGACUCUUCCUCCGACGACCCCCUCCUGAAAUUAAAAGAAGCCAUCCUCCAAACUCAGAAAAAUCCCAAGUUUCUGGUCAUUCAAGAUACCCCUUAUGGCCAAUAUUUGCAAGCUGAGGUUGAUGGAGGAUUUGGCCGGGAUGUGCUGGAGUUCCUGGUAAAAGGAGAUGUGGUUGCUUACAGGUGUAUGGCCGCUAAAGUAACCUAUGUCUAUCCCUUCACUACCGCUUUUGGGGAUUCAAAGGGGCAAGAAGAAAGAUUGAAGAAAAUCACCGACGAGUUGGGAUGGUAUGCUCCCAGUUUUGAUUCCAUGGAUUAGGAGAUUCCAAGAGAUUGUUUGUUCAAACCAUUCUUUUUACGUCCCACUCUGUGGGCGGAAUCAAUAUCCAGUCAACUUAAGCCUCUCUCUGCACAUCGUUUUUCAUGUUUAAUUUUGUUGUAUUUAUGCUUCCAAGGCAGGGCAGAUCCUGAGCUCAAUUAUACGAUUGUAAAGGUGGAAUUUUUUUUUCUCCCUCAAGGAGAAGUCGCCUUCUCUGCAUUGUUCACUAUCCGCAUUGCAUCUGCCUCUUGCAUACCACCAAAUUAUCUUUUCUCCUUACAUUGUCCUGAGGACCUUUACUCAACUAAGAUGGUAUAUUUAACAAGCAUAGAAGACUUGUUUGUAGUUA